AUGACAGUAUUGAAAGCAGUAAAUAGAAUACAUCGGAAGGUCCCAGCAGCAUGAUCACAGAGGUGCUGUUUGCUUUGGUCGUGGGGGCCUUGGUGGGCUUCCUGAUCAUGAGGAGGAAGAGUGAGGUACUGAAGACAGAGGACGGCUGGUGGGGCGUUGGAGCGCCCCCUGAGGGUCCUGAGGAUGAUAGCAUACGGUCCUUCAGAGUGGACGCCACACAGGAGGAGAUUGAGGAUCUGCACAGAAGGAUAGACCAGACACGUUCCUUCCCCUCUCUGGAGGACAGCCAGUUCAACUAUGGCUUUAACUCCAACCAGCUGCAGAAAGUGGUGGCCUACUGGAGGAAUACCUUUGACUGGAGGAAGCAGGUGGACAAACUCAACAGAUAUCCACAUUUCAAAACCAAAAUUGAAGGUAUUGACGUUCACUACGUCCAUGUGAAACCCAAGAACCUUCCAGGAGGGACGAGUGCCGUACCUCUGUUGAUGGUACACGGCUGGCCAGGUUCCUUCUAUGAGUUUUACGGAAUUCUGCCGCUGCUCACAGAACCUUCCAAUCCGGAUGACAUUGUCUUUGAGGUCAUUUGUCCAUCCAUACCUGGGUAUGGCUUCUCUGAGGCUCCACGCAAGAAAGGUUUUGACUCGGUGUGUGCAGCUCGAGUGUUCCAUAAGUUGAUGAAGCGUUUGGGAUUCACACAGUUCUACGCUCACGGUGGUGACUGGGGAUGGCUUGUCACUACAAACAUGGCCCAACUGGAACCCAAAAUUGUUAAGGGGUUGCAUGUCAACUUUGCGCCUCCUGAUAAGCCUGGCCUUCUCAUGGUACUGUCCAUUCUGCUGGGUCGGCGGUUCCCAAAGUUGUUUGGCUUCUCCGACCACGAUGUAAAGCGUCUCUUCCCCUGUAUGGAGAAGCUUGUGGUGGAAUCAGUGAAGGAAACUGGCUACAUGCACAUUCAGUCCACCAAACCAGAUACAGUGGGACGUGGACUGAAUGACUCACCUGUGGGUCUGGCAGCCUAUAUUCUGGAGAAGUUCUCCACCUGGACUGACCCUGAGUUCAGGAACCUGGAGGAUGGGGGGCUGGAGAGGAAAUUUUCUUUGGAUGAUCUCUUGACGAAUGUGAUGAUCUAUUGGACAUCGGGCUGCAUUAUUUCCUCAAUGCGUUUCUAUAAGGAAAACUUCAGCAAGGGGCUGGACCAACCACAUGCAAGGAUCCCAGUCUAUGUACCCACUGGCUUGGCAUCGUUCCCGAAUGAGCUGAUGCAUACGCCUAAGCUAUGGGCCAAACAGAAAUACCGUAAACUUAAGACAUACACUCCCAUGGCGCGGGGUGGCCACUUCGCUGCCAUGGAGGAGCCAGAGCUGAUGGCCCAGGAUAUUCAGAACUUCAUUAAGAUUCUGGAGAAGAGAAAGUAGAAAUGAAGAACUAAAGUUAGAUUUACUAUAUCAGCCCACAUGCUGAACCAGCUGGCCUUCUUUUUCAGAUCCACGAGUUAUCCCCAAUGAGGGAUGUUUAUAGAAGCUUUGCAACUCGUUUAGAAAGACGUUUCAGUGCUUUGUCAGGCACAGUGACAAGCACUAUCAUGAUUUUUUAUGAUGUUGUAAAGCUCCUGUGAAGAACCCUCAAAGACACUAAAACCUUUAUGUGUUCUUGUACUGCAGGUUUGGGUUUUUAAAUAUUUUUAGAUGCCCACAUUAUGCAGAAAUCUAAGGUGUUUUUUUUUUGAGAGGUAGUUUAUAGAAGAUGAAAAUUUUGGUGCAUGGACCAAGCUACUGGUAAAGUACAUGUAGACUUAAUUUCAUGGUUUAAUCACUUUUAAAUGGUUUGAAUUGAGAGUGUGUCGUGACCUCUCCAAACUGAUAAUGCCCAGAGGGCCCAAGCUGUGAUCCUACAUCAGAGAAAAUUUGUUUCAUAUUAUAACAAGGAUCACUUGCAAUGGUAUUUUUUCUGAGACCAUAGUUCUCACAGAAGCUUUUCAGCUCUUGUACUUUCCUUUUUUCCUGACAUAGAACCAGUGUACUUCAAGUAAAAUAACCUUUUUCCAUAUCAUCUCAUUCUUUCCAUUUCUUUGCCUUUUUGUAUCGGUAGGGCUAAUUAUCACUGGUAUAUCUAGAUCUGGGUCAGGUGUGUUUUAACCGUUAUUUGAAUAUUUGUAAGAAGAAAAUGUAUUGCAACUGUUUUAUUACACAUUUACAUGUAUACACAUAACACUAAUGCAUUAUAUUUUCUUGCUUUAUGGUGUAUUCAACUUGGGCAUCAGUUUUGUUGUUACGCUGUAGAAAGUAAAACAGUAAUUCAGAUUGGCUCUAGGACUGAUUCCUGAGGGAAACCAUAUAUUACAGAGCAGAGCAGAAUGCUGUACUGCCUGGCCUACUAUCCGUACAGAAUUGUUCUUUGGUAGGGAAUGACUUGCUUGAUGUGCACUGUGAUUCAGAAAGGACACAGUGAGAGCCCAAAUCUAACUAUUGAACACACACACAGUUUUCCUCUGAUUAAUUUUACACCUGAUAUUUGUAGCUCUGCUUUUCAUUUGAUAAACAAUAAAACCAUUAACAUUCUGUCA